UCUCUCUCUCUCUCUCUCUCUCUCUCUCUCUCUAACACCCCUCUCUAACACCCAUUUGUCAAGAACUCAACACCUGCUUCCCUUUCUUGAUUACUUCCGGCCUUUCUUCGAACUCCAGAGCGUUUCUUGAUCUGGGUUUUGGUUUUACUUUUCGGAUUCUGUUGUUUUUUGUACGGCGAGGAAGGAGAAGAUUAGAAGAAUUUCGACAGAAAUGGGUCAUGAUGUUGUGCAUUUCGCAUUCGGAGUCUUUGGAAAUAUCAAUGGGUUGUUGCUGUUUUUGGCACCGACGAUUACGUUUAUGAGGAUAAUAAAGAAGAAAUCCACAGAGGAAUUCUCAGGCAUUCCCUACGUCAUGACCUUGCUCAACUGCCUCCUUUCUGCUUGGUACGGCAUGCCUUUUGUCUCGGAACACAACAUGCUAGUGACAACCAUCAACGCCACUGGUGCAGCAAUUGAGUCCAUCUAUGUGCUGAUUUUCCUCAUGUAUGCGCCAAAGAAAGACAAAGGCAAGAUCCUGGGGCUUUUCACCUUUGUGCUCUCUGUAUUUGCCUCGGUCGCCUUCAUUUCCGGUUUCGCCCUUCACGGCAACAGCAGAACGCUCUUCUCUGGCUUUGCAGCCUCUAUCUUUUCCAUCAUCAUGUACGCUUCGCCUCUCUCGAUCAUGAGGACAGUGAUCAAAACGAAAAGCGUGGAGUACAUGCCGUUUCUCCUGUCACUGUUUGUGUUCUUGUGUGGCACAUCCUGGUUCAUAUAUGGACUUCUGGGAAAUGAUCCUUUUAUCGCGGUGCCUAACGGGUUUGGAAGCGGGCUUGGAGCCGUUCAGCUGAUCUUAUAUGCCAUUUACCGAGACAAGAAAGGCGAAACCGAGGAAGAAAAUGCCAACGGAUCGUUGGAGAUGGGGCUGGGAAAGCCCGAGCCGGAGAAGCAGUCGGACAUGCAGCCAUCACAAAACGGACACUUCUAGAAGACAAGUUUAUGUACGGACCGCAUUUGAACAGUUCUACCUUUUUUCCUCAUCAUCUCUCAGCUUCAGCCCUCGUGUUCUUCCUUUUAGUUCUCCUGAAUUUAGCUCCGCCUUGUGCCCUUUUGGAUUGGGUUUUAGUAGAACUGGUCUGUAUUGAUACUUCAAAUAAAAAACACUUCCUGUAAAUUUGAUUCCGAAACAUGCAAUUCAAUAGCCUAACGAAAAUUCUUCCGGAUUUCCUUUCAAAA